AUGUCUCAAACCAACACUGGAGCAGCAGUCACAACGGCAGAGCCUCUUCUCAACAACGAAAUGAUGCUGCUUAGGAGCCUGAGCACAAGCAGUUGUUUUUCCAAGGAAGACGAGGAGAUGACUCGUACAGUACUUUCAGCUUUUAAAGCUAAAGAGAGUGAGAUCGAUAAGAGGAAGAUGGAGGUACGUGAAAGAGUUCAGGCUCAACUAGGUCGGGUCGAAGAAGAAACCCGACGUCUCGCCGCAAUCCGCGAGGAACUUGAAUCUCUCGGAGAUCCCAUGAGGAAGGAAGUUUUGAUGAUUCGUAAAAAGAUUGAUAGUGUUUACAAAGAGCUCAAACCAUUAAGUUACUCUGUUCAAAAGAAGCAAAGGGAGUAUAAAGAAGCAGUUGAUGUAUUCAACGACAAGAAUUUGGAGAAAAUACAGCUCAUCACCAAACUAAUGGAGUUGGCUGGAGAAAGCGAGAAUUUGAGGUUGAAGAAGCUGGAAGAGUUGAGCAAGAGCAUUUUGUGA